CAUUAAUCCUCACCGUCAUGCAAACCUCGAUAAUUAAUAUUUUCAAUCAUGUCCAAAACGUCGAGACAAGUCUAAAGAAAAAUGGGUUCGUCAUAGUUCAUUCAUUCACCAUCUCUCUCUCUCUCUCUAUUUAAGAUCCAAUAUUUCAUUUUCUCACCACCACCAUUUCCAAAGACCAAUCAACACACAACAUGGAAACCAAUCCCAAUUCCCACACAACAAGCCACGAUGACAUUGAAGAAGCACACGGCGACGAGUACUACACUCCCUUGCCGGACCAGUCCCCCACCGUCGCCGGACCUCGCGGCCGGCGACCCUUGAAGGGUUUCGCCGCGACUAUUUGCUUUGUCGUUUUUCUCAUCUCGUUGGUCGCAUUAAUCAGUCCCAACCAAAUACAUAGCCAACAACAACCCUCGGAAACAGCAGCGGUACCAGAAGAUACAAAACGCAAGUCGUUUUCAGAGCCAAGAGGCGUGGCUGAAGGCGUUUCAGCCAAAUCAAACCCGUAUUUUUUUUCCGAUAAACUGUCGUACAACUGGACAAACGCCAUGUUUUCUUGGCAAAGAACUGCUUUCCAUUUUCAACCCCAGAAAAAUUGGAUGAAUGAUCCUAAUGGUCCACUAUUUCAUAAAGGCUGGUACCACUUAUUCUACCAAUAUAACCCGGAUUCGGCUAUUUGGGGCAACAUAACAUGGGGCCACGCGGUGUCGUCGGACUUAAUCCAUUGGCUCCACCUUCCGAUUGCCAUGGUCCCUGACCAUUGGUAUGACAUCAAUGGGGCCUGGAGCGGUGCCGCCACGAUUCUCCCCGAUGGAAAAAUCAUAAUGUUGUAUACAGGAUCCACCGAUGAAUCUGUGCAAGUCCAAAAUCUCGCGUACCCCGCGAACCUAUCUGAUCCCCUCCUCCUCAAUUGGGUCAAAUAUGAUGGAAACCCGGUUUUGGUCCCACCACCCGGCAUUGGGUAUAAGGACUUUCGUGACCCGACCACUGCAUGGAUCGGGCCUGAUGCGAAAUGGCGGGUCACACUCGGGUCAAAGGUAAAUAAAACUGGAAUUUCACUUGUGUACAGAACUGAUGACUUUAUUACAUAUGAGCUCUUGGAUCAUUACUUGCAUGAGGUCCCAGAUACGGGCAUGUGGGAGUGUGUGGACUUUUACCCGGUUGCUAUAAACGGGUCAAAUGGUCUAGACACCUCUGUGAAUGGUGUUGGGGUUAAGCACGUGUUGAAGGCUAGUUUGGAUGAUACAAAAGUUGAUCACUAUGCAAUUGGGACCUAUUUUGCGAGGAAUGAUACGUGGGUACCCGAUAACCCGAAAGAGGACGUGGGAAUCGGGUUGAAGCUGGAUUAUGGAAGGUAUUAUGCAUCUAAGACGUUUUAUGACCAAAACAAGGAAAGGAGAAUUCUUUGGGGUUGGAUUAAUGAAACUGACACUGAGGAUGCUGAUCUAGCAAAAGGAUGGUCCUCCGUUCAGACAAUCCCAAGAACUGUGUUGUUUGACAAUAAGACUGGAACAAACAUACUUCAAUGGCCAGUGGAAGAGAUUGAGAGCUUGAGAUUAAGCAGUAACAAUUUCACUGAAGUCGUGGUUGAACCCGGAACAGUUGUGCCACUAGAUGUUGGAACAGCCACACAGUUGGACAUAUUUGUCGAUUUCGAAGUAGAAUCGUCGGAAUCAAAGGAGACCGGCAAUGAUAUCUCCGGUUGCGGUGAUGGUGCCGUAGACAGGAACAAACUCGGACCAUUUGGUAUUCUAGUUCUCGCGGACGACGAACUCUCAGAGCUGACCCCAAUCUACUUUCGCCCUUCCAAUUCACAUGGUAAUGCAAAGACUUAUUUCUGCGCAGAUGAAACAAGGUCAUCCAAGGCUACUGAUGUUUUUAAACUAGUUUAUGGAAGCCCAGUUCCUGUGCUGGACGGUGAAAAACUCUCUAUGAGAGUAUUGGUUGAUCAUUCAAUUGUGGAAAGUUUUGCUCAAGGAGGAAGGAGAGUUAUAACGUCACGGAUUUAUCCGACGAAAGCCAUUUACGGCGCAGCCCGCCUAUUUUUGUUCAACAAUGCCACCGGAGCGACUGUUAAGGCCACCCUCAAGAUUUGGCAACUGAAUUCAGCAUUUAUUCACCCUUUCCCAUUGGACCAUUUCCAGUGAAAAGUUGCUUACAGUGUCUAAGGGUCCGUUUGGUAUAAGGAUUGAAAUUAAAGUGAUUUGAGUCAUUUGAUUCAGAAUCACGAUUUUAUGAUUUGAAUUAUGAUUCAGAGUGAUUAGAACUUUCGUUUGGAUGUGUAUAUGCAUGAUUCUGAUUCUAACUUGAAUGUGAUUC